CAGGACAGAUAAACCCCGACAACCCCAUGAAUUCGUUUUGGUCUGCCGCUGAGUAGGAGCUCUAUGUGGAUCGAGAUUUAAAAAAGGAGCACCUGAGACUAGUGGUGAGCGACUCGCACCACCCUCAGUUCUACCCAGCGCCCCCCCCCCUCCCACCUCUGUCUCACCUCUCCUCCUGCUUCCCACAAGGCAAACGCUGCCAUGUCUCUCCACGCCUCACCCGCCCCCUUCCUCCUCCUCCUCUUCGUCUUCCUACUCCCCCUCCCCCACUGCCAGGCGGAGUCCCAACGCACCGAGCCCAGCAGCGACCCCGACCUGCGGGGCGUCUCCCCCUCCAUGUUCCCCUCCUUCUCCUUCCCGCCCUCCUUGUCUUACGCCUUCAGCAACAUGUCGAGUAAGAAGAACAAAUGUGAGGAGGUGCCGACAUGCAAGCCGGGCAUCCUGCUGCCCGUCUGGGUCUCCGACAGACAGGGACUCGGGGACCAGGUGGCCCGAGCCGUGGUCUACUUCGUGUCCCUCAUGUACAUGUUCCUGGGAGUGUCCAUCAUCGCUGACCGCUUCAUGGCGUCCAUAGAGGUCAUCACAUCACAGG